AUGACCAAGCUAGUUCUUGCUGUUGUUCUAGCGCAUUCCCUUUUAUGUAUAUACGACGGCCCCUGGUUUUGCGGUCAUUGGAAUCGGUCGAAGAUUGUCUUUUAUAGGGAGGGAAGUUUCAUUCCGGUGAGACCGUUUCUAUGCACUCCGACGCACAAAAUCAGUGUUGAAACUGCGAACAGUGAAAAUUUUCACCGCUUCCCUGGAAUUCUCGACUUCGGGGUGGCCUUGCUAGAGAUUUACCUGGGCCAACGUAUCGCCAGUGACCAAAAUCCAACCAACAAUCUGUGGGCGAUCGCAUCGCGAGUCUUGGAAGAGCAAAAGUACAACAUGAACUCCAACUACCGAAGCGCCGUGAAAGCAUGCCUUCUACCGGAUUUCGGAACUGGUUGUGACUGUACACCUCAGAAAUUUCGUGGACUGAUUUUCAGUCAAAUUGUUAGCCCCCUACAGAAGGAGUUGACCACAUUCACACAAGGUAUUACGGAAGUUAGUUCACUGAGUGAGUUUACAUCCAGAAUUGAUCUGGUAUCCGGACAUUUCUAUCACAUCACUUAUAUUCAGGAGCGUUCACCACUGCCUGAAAGACCGAUAUCGGUCAAAACCUUGAGUUCAGAGCAGAAAGAUCUUUACCAUAAACCGGAAACUGAGUUUCGGUCUUUACGCACCUACUCAAAUAAAUCCACCGUAUCUAAUAUUUCUAACAAUAGCUAUUCUCACAAUUCAUACACCGUCGCAAUCAUCUGUCCCAUGGGCAUCGAAAUGGCGCCUGUCCUAGCAAUGUUGGAUAAAGAGCAUUCGAACCUUCCUUUAGCUCGACACAGGAAUAAGUACAUCUUAGGAGAAAUUGGGGAACAUCGUGUUGUAGUGACUGUCAUGCCGGAGAUAGGUAACAAUCGAGCAGCUGCCGUGGUUACACAGCUUCAAAAUGAUUUUGCGGAAUUACGAUUCGGUCUUCUGGUUGGAAUCGGAGGAGGGAUUCCUGAUCUCAAGAAUGACAUCCGACUCGGUGAUGUUGUCGUCAGUCAACCGGUACUCAACUUUGGUGGAGUAGUUCAGUUCGACCGAGGCAAAAUGCUUACAGACAAUCGCUUUGAGAGGACAGGUCACUUGAACAAACCCCCGGCGCUGCUUUCAUCAAGCCUUGAAACCCUUAAAGCGCGGCAUAAGCAAAACGGAAACAGGAUUAACGAUCACUUAACGGAAAUGCUUCGAAAGUAUCCAAAUAUGGUUCAAGAACAGUACAUCUACCAAGGGCAUGAAAACGACAUACUUUUUCAUCAUUCCUAUGAUCAUGAAUCUGACAGUGACUGCAAGGAUUGUAAGAGGGAUAUGCUUAUUGAACGGCAACCACGCGAAUCAAGAUCGCCUAGGGUUCACUAUGGAACAAUUGGCUCUGCAAAUAUGGUCGUCAAAGACGCAAAGAUUCGUGAAGAGUUGAAGCGAAAUCUAGGAAUCAUCUGUGUAGAGAUGGAGGCAGCUGGUCUCAUGGACGAAUUUCCAUGCCUUGUCAUUAGAGGAAUAUCUGAUUAUGCUGACUCCCAGAAGGUUAAGAGGUGGCAACCCUACGCAGCUGCCGUAGCAGCUGCGUUCGCAAAGGAGCUCCUAUCUAUUGUGCCCCCUUGA